AUGGAGACCUACCGUGGGUACGUGCGGACUCCCGCAGACGCCAUCAAGCUGUUCGAGGCCUGUAGAUUGGGUCUGCUCCCCAGAGUGCAGCGGCGACUGUCGGAGAAGGAACGCCAGUUGAUCAGAUCAGAAUCUGUGUUCGUGUGGGACGAGCGCGAGGCUGGCAUAUGCCGAUGGACCGACGGAAAAUCCUGGAGCGCCAGCAAAGUGUCCGGCAGGUUCCUGACAUACCGAGAGCUACAGGGCAAGCGAGGCAGCCGAUCAGGCAACUCGAGACGCAGCAAUAGCCAAAACCUAGACAGUGGCCGUCUUAGUGAUGAAGACCUCUAUGGCAAACCUGAGGGCUACAGGUACAAGGCGGGCGGCCUGAUGAAGCAGUCUUUCAGUAUCACAACAUCACAAGGGCAGCACCUACACCUGAUCUCGUACUAUUCUUGGCCACAUCAUGGAGCCCCAGACUUGUCACAGCCCAGCUCCGACCCUCAGCUCCGACAUAUCGUGCCGGCCAAGGGCAUGUACCCAGAGUCAAGUCUUCAUGGCUCUACAUCACCCGCACUUCCAUGGGCGUCGGCGUCUAUGCAUCCGUACAACGCGCAGCCCCCUGGGCUACCACCGCCAGAGCGAUCGCCUUACGGCUACACCUGGGGCCCGCCAAAUCCCGCUUGUAAGGGAGCUCGGCCGCCUUCAGCGAACAAUACGCCCCCGUGGAGUGCGGCGAAAAUGUCCCCAGACACGAAAUCGCAGGUCCUGCCAUGCCUACAGCUGCAACCUCAUAUGCGCUGCCCACGUAGACAAGGGCCACCGCCUCAACUUCCACCACCUAGCACUCUCGCGCCGAUCAGACAUGCUGUCUAUGGCUGUCCACCUUACGAGAACGAGCGCUUACCCGCUCCAUUUAUCACUACGUCGCACCCUCAGAUCCGGACGACAUCGGCCACUUCUGCCCCAAGACUCCAACAGCUUCAGCAGACAGUUGCUCAUACAGUCAUGCUAGAGCCGUGCGUUGCCACUACAAGCGCUCGCAGAUCUUGCGGUUCAAUCCCGGCUACGCCAGCCAUAGCACCGCGUCUGACACCUCCGCGAACCCUGAGUGUGUCUCCUGCAAAUAUCACAGGCCCAGAUAACUUCAACCCUUCGGCCAAGGCCAGUCUGUCGGCCCUAUUGCACCCCACCCCACCCCAACCCACUUGGAGCUCAACACAGCGUAUCCGGCCAGCAUAA